UUGUCAAAGGGCAACAGGACAAACUUCCAAGAACGCAGACUGGUAUUGGACUGUUGAAAGAUCUCUCAAGAAUUCAUGGAGAAUUUUCCAGGUGGUGCUGUAAAUUCAUGGAAAUCUUGGCUGGAAUGGUGACUGCAGGCAAUUCUAGCAGUUCAGCUGCACAGAAUCUCUCUGGGGGUAUGGUCUAGUGCACAUUACGCCAAAUGAAUUAAAAACAACAAGAUAGUACUGUGAUGACACAAUCCUAUAUUUAUCAGUCUGCCGUGGAGAAGUACUUUGGAGCAAAGAAUUGCACUUCUCAACAUUAUUCUGGAUAAUGAGUCAUUACAGCAAGAGAAUAACUUGAAAUAAGUGAACAAAAAGAAAAAAAAUCUUGGAUCAGAUCUGGUGGAUUUUCAGCACUUGACCAGCAGAGUAUAUCAGAAUGAAUGCAGAAAAAUAGGAAUGGGCCAACUUUUUGCUUGAGAAAGGCUGAACGUCAUUUGCUGACUUGAGCUUUGACAAAUUGAAGUCAUUGGCAGAGGUAUGACUUCAUGAAGAGGCAUCAAUGUCUGUUACCAGGAAUUCCACUGUAUUGAUAAAUGUUAAGUAUUUAUUUUGCUGACAAGUGGUGACAAUUUCUGCUGCAAUCUGGAAAACUAAGUGAAAAAUGAAUUCAGUGAUCAUUUAGCUUGUGGAGUUAUUAUUCAGUGGAUACGCCUCAAUGAAUAUAUACUGUGCUGUGCAUAUGGAACCAGCCCAUUCACUCUAUAACAUAUUGAAAUAGACUGCUUUACGGAACUUUUGGCAGAUCUGCCUGAGAUUGCUCCAUACUGGACAUUUGAUUGAGAUUAAAAACAACAUCGAAUGACAUAGUUAAGCAAACUCUUAUGGAUUUCUUUUGAGGAUUGCCAAGAAUCUCGGUCUGGACAUAGAAUCUUUUAUUGGCAUCAGUGAGAUGACCCCUUCAGGCAUGGAUCUGACCACAUUGGAUCACUUUACCCUUCCCUUGACAUCUCCUAACAGGACACUGAAUGUGACGUUCCGCAGUGAUCUUGACAGUCCCCAUAGCGACCACUGGGAUUUACCCAUCAAGGUCAUCUUUGCAACGUUUUUGUCAAUAUUUAUGUUAUGUGCCAUUGUAGGUAAUUUAAUGGUUUUAUCUGUGAUAGGCCGCCAUAAAGGUAUGCGAACAAGGACUAACAUGUUUCUGGGAAGUUUGGCCACAGCAGAUUUGUGUGUUGCCAUCUUGGAUAUGCCAUUCUCAUUGGCCACUAUUAUACGUGGGACAUGGAUAUUUGAGGAUGAAUUUUGUGUUUUUAAUGGAUUCACAAUGGCUUUUUUCCUGGUGACUUCAAUUCAUAACCUAAUGUAUAUCAGCGUCCACAAAUAUGUAACAAUUACACGACCAUUCAGUCGAGUGUUAACAUACCGUAAAAUCCUGCUCAUGAUUGGUGGCGCCUGGUUUUGGGGGUUCCUCACCGCCAUGUUAACAGUAACAGGACUGAAUCACGUGGUUUAUAAAAAUGCCACGACCCAAUGUGGCCCAGAUUUUCCGCACACGACCCAACAGUAUGCACACACAAUAUUCACGACAAGCACGUGCUGGCUCGUGCCAUUUGUCGUGAUGAUAUUUUGCUACCGCAGGAUGUUUGUGGAAAUCAAAGGCUACACACUGCGACUUCAAGCACAUACUAACCAAGAGAGAGAUUCGGUUCUGGCUCAGCAGAAACGUAUAACUGUGACGCUGUUCAUUGUCUUGGUGGUGUUCUUCAUAUGCUGGUUUCCUUACAUCGUCUACUCCACGUAUGCUUCCAUUAUUGAGGACAAGACCAGUCUCCCGCACUGGGCCAACCCUCUGGUGUACUGGCUUGGGUACUUGCACAGUUGCUGUAACCCUAUAAUUUAUGUCUGGCGAAACCCUCGGGCGGUAAAACAUUUUCUUUAUCAUCACAAAGGAUGCUGCUCAGAUGCGGAUGUUGAGUCCUUUGCAGGUACUUUUUUGCACUGCUGUUGCUUUUGUUUUGGUUCAUAUUUUAUCAUCACUUUACAUGUCAUCUUCACAUGCAGUAACAGAUCUAAAUGCACCAAAAUCUGAAUAGGACAUAAUGGUUUACUUUGUCACUUUUUAAAACUGUAAUCAAGUUUGCUGGAAAAAAGGCAAAUCCAAGGGGCCCCAGCCAACACCCUUCCUACCAGAACCCUGAGUAUUA